UGUUCCCUACUGUACAAAGGGGUUAAUCCAAGUAAUGACGCCUACUGUUUAGUGCUGGCUAACUGAGCAGCAGCCUUCUGGGCUUGAAUAUAUCGAUAUAAGCUGGGCGGUCGAUUCCGCAAGACGGACUGACAAUAGUUUGCGCGGCUAUCUAGCACCAUCCACUACCUUUAGCCCUGCGCGUAACGUUCUCUACCAUAAGCCAUCGCCAGCUAUGCGGAGAGGACAAUAUCAACAUGGAAGGGUGGAACAAUCGCCCUUACACUGGCACAUCUGUAGUUCGAACUACGCACUUCCCGAUCCCGCCUUCAUACAUUCGCGUAGCUUGACCGAAGGCGAGAGAAAAAAUUCCUUGCGUUGUGAUCCUUCUGGAGCGGGCACACCUCACCCUAUAGGGUCAUUGUCAGCAUCAACUUUCAGGCGGCCGUCUUCCCCUUUGCACGCCACGCACAACCCAAGAAGCACUAUGCUUCCUUCGUUAUCCUCAAUGAAUUUUCCUAGCGCAACGAUAAUCCCCCCAAUAUCCUCCUCAAACUCAUCACUCACAGGCCCCGCGCAAUUGUCACAUCUCCAAGAGUUGCAGUAUCAGAUAUCAGUUAAGACUUCAGCAUUCCGGACGCUCCAGCACGAGUAUGGCAGCCUUCUCCAGAAAUUCGAACAGCAACGGACUAAAUUCAUUACAUUGGAAAAGAAACUCGAGGUCCGUGAUGUCGAGAUCAACAGUCUCUCAGAUCUGAAGGAGAAAUUGCAAUCGCAAGUCACAACACUAGAGCGUCAGGUGGAAGGGAUACAGGAGAGCAGAGAUGAAGCUCGCCAGUCACUGAGGGUGAAUGGGGUACAGUACAUGCGUAUCAUGGAAAUGGCGAGCCGUCUGCAGGUGCAAAGUGCCGAAGACAAGAAGCGAUGGGAUGCUCAGAAAUCAGAGUUAGAACAGAGGAUCAGAGUUCUCGAAGAGGCCACGGUUACUGGAAGCGAGCUACUCGCUGAUGCAUCAGCCGAAUCGACACCUCAUCCGUCUUCGACAUUGAAUAUCGGUCCUACGUCUUGUUCUUCGCGCCUCAACACAAUCAACGUUUUAGGUCCGGAGAUUGUACGUCUUCGGGCUCGGAUACGGAGUUUGGAGGUCGCUUUGCAGACAAUAAAAGAUGAAAGCAUAUCUAUUCAGGCCGUCGCGCAGGAUUUGAUACAGUCCAGCGGCAGGAUUGAAGAGGCAUCGCAUGCUACGCUGGAAGGACAUGUUACGAUCUGAGAAACCAGGCCCAAUGAAUUGGCGUAGUAACGAUGAGGGCGCGGGACGACCAAGCGCUUAUAAGGGGUAAAGUCACGUGACCCACGUGAGCUCCUCACUCAGUUAACAGUGAGGGUCACCAACACGUGACAUCCUCACAUCCUCACGGGUGGGGCAGUGAGGACCUUCAAUAUAUAGAGAACCCGAAAGACCACUAUGGACUUUCGUGUUCAACCUAAGUUACCUUCGAACAAUACACUCUACUGUUCAG